CCCCAAAUCGAAGAUUCUACAGCGAUCAACCGAUAUUAUCCUUCUUCUCCGGCGAACACAUCUACUCUGUUCUGUUAUUCUCGGUAAUGGGGCUGUGGACACUGCUAGAGGGAUUCCUGCUUCUUGCAAAUGCACUGGCUAUUCUAAACGAAGACCGAUUCCUUGCACCGAGAGGAUGGAGUUUCCAAGAAUAUUCCGGUGGGGUUAAGAGACACUCGUUUAAAGGACAGAUUCUCGGCCUUAUAUACGCUACCCAGUACUUGAGAGUUCCUCUUAUACUUCUCAAUUUGCUCUGCAUUGUUGUCAAAAUGGUGUCUGGUUAAUGCUAAUGCCGCCUUUUGUUGGAGGGCUUGUUUGGAACGGUGAGUUGUAGGUUUUAUAUGUUGGAUAUUUGUGUGCAUUAAGCUAAUUCUGUUGUGUUGUAACUUGUAAGGGUUUUUAUAUUGGAUAUUCGUGUUUUGAUUGAUGCGAGACUGAAUGGAGGGGGAUGAAUGGAUUCCGUUUUUAACUGAGUUUUACACUUGCUUAAA